UCGGCCCGCCCCGGUGUCGCCGGCGACACGGCUCUGGGCGCCGCCCUGUUGCUAGGAGACGCGGCCGGAAGCGCGGGGCGCCGCGAGGUCCUGGCAGGGCGCGAGUGGAGGGUCCUGGCAGGGCCGAGCGGAGGGUCCCGGCAGGAGCGAGCGGCAGGUCCCGGCAGGAGCGAGUGGAGGGUCCGGGCAGGGCCGAGCGGCCGGCGCCCGACAUGGACUCGGAAGUGGCCGGCGCCCGGGCGGACGCGCGGGCACACGCGGCCCUGGCCUCCGCCCGCUGGCGGCUGCUGCGGCAGGUCCUGAAGCACGGCCGCGUGGACGAGCACCUGCAGCGAGUGUCUGUGAGAAGAUUCGAGUCCUUCGGCCUGUUCUCCGUGACGGAGGUGGACGCGGAGGCGGCGGCUGAGGGCGAGGCCGGGCGGCCGUGGCUCCUGUACACCAGCGUCGUCUCUCCCCAGCACAGCGUCUUUGUGAGGCACCACGGCGGAGUGUUGGACGUUAAGGAUGUCCUUACAAGCUUCGACAACACGGGAAACGUUUGCCUGUGGCCCGCCGAGGAAGUCCUGGCUCACUACUGCCUGCAGCACGUGGACACCUUCAGGGGCCGUGCUGUGUGCGAGCUGGGAGGAGGCAUGACAUGCUUGGCUGGGCUCACGGUCGCCUCUUCCGCCGAGGCCGCGGAAGUCCUCCUCAGUGACGGGGACGAGAAGGCCACCAGCAACGUGAGUGACAUCAUCGCACGGAACCGGAAGGCCGGCACGGUGAAGACUGCGCGGCUCAGCAGCCGCGUUUUACGAUGGGAUAAUGAGGCAGAUGUCUGUCAGCUGGAAGGACAUUUUGACAUUGUUAUGUGUGCUGACUGCCUGUUUCUGGACCAGUCUCGAGCCAGCCUGGUGGACGCCAUGUGGCGGCUGCUGCGGCCGGGGGGGCAGGCGGUGGUGUGUGCCCCACGCCGGGGGCGGACGCUGAGCCAGUUUUGCUGCCUGGCGGAACAGGCGGGCUUCCUGCUGCAGUGCCUAGAGGACUACGACGAGCUCGUCUCGCGCCUGCACGCCAAGCUGAAGGAGGAGAAGCCGGACGUCUACGAGGAGGACCUGCACUACCCGCUGCUGCUCCUCCUCUGCAGGGCCGGCCCCGCCGACUGAGCCUCGGGACGUGCCUGGGACGUGCUUUCCACACCCCUCCCGCUGCCGCCCAGGCUGCCCUGCCCUGCCCGCGCUCCCCGACCCUCCCUUUGUUCUGUCCUGGUGGGGUCCGUCCGCCUCGUCCGCUGCGGGCCGGAGGCAAUAAAGCUUCUCUUCCCAACUCCCCGGA